UUGAGUUAUAAGAUUCGCAUACUUUAUCGCAUAUUUGUUUCGUGUCCACUCCACACCUACUUAUAACUGAAAUUGUUGAAUUUUUUUUAUUAAGUAGUAUUAGGAAUACUAUUAUAUAUGUGAGACACAAUGGCAUCGAAGCGACACAGUGGCAUCACAACUGCAUUAUACCUUUUAGUUUUGCACAUAACGUUAACAAAGACAGCCAAAAUCACAAUUACGAAAAGACAGCAAACCAGUGCAAGCCCCGUGUACGAAAUUAUCAAUGAACAAGCGCGAAUAGAUGACAAACUUAGACUACAAACGGGAAAUUUACCAUACGGUAAUCCUUUAGCCGGCAAUUCCAAACAAAACGCUAGGUUACAUGCGCAAAAUCAACAAGCUAUGUUCAACGCGGAAAGAAUGAGGCAACACAGGGCGCAAUUGCAAAGAUGGGCACAAAUAUCUCAAGAUAGCUACAUGAAAGCUUACCACGAUUCCCAAGAAGACCAUCAGCUAGCUGUCGAACAGGCUAGUCUUAGAGAAAGAAAGCCAAAUCCAGUAACUAAUAAACCUGUACCAAGAACACAAAGACCCAAAAUCGAACCUUUAAAGAAGGGAAUCAGAGUAAUACCAGAUAUUGUAAGGAUAACUAAAGCUGAUGCUGUCAAGACAGAAAAGAACAGAAGCCAUAGAUCGUAUGGAUCUGUUGACUAUCAUCGUUAUGUGCAACCGAAAAUGUAUAAAACCGUAUACGUCUCACCAGCCCCUACUUACGACCAAGGUGUCACUAUUAAACCUAAUGGGUUGGCAGACCACAAAAACAUCAAAGACAAUACUAUACUGUUCACUGAAGCUGUCCCAAGUAAAACUCAUUACGUGUAUCCGAAACAGUAUGGGCAUGGAUACGAGUCCGUACAAGAUAUCCAAACGCUAAAUUCUCUAUUGAAGAAGAACCCUCAAGAUCAACUGUCAUCAUUAAAUGCAUUUAUCAAUUCAGGGACUAAAACAGAAGGCAAGGAUGAUCUCAAUUCUAAUAUAGAUAUUUAUUUUUAUCCAAAAGACGCGGACAUUGAGAGGCCAGCGCAAAGUUUAGCUGAACAUUAUGAUAGCUCUUUGUAUGCUCAAAUACAACCAAAUCAACAUUAUGCUAGCGCUUAUUCUGUAAAUGCAAACAGCGAUCACAAGCCAAUCACAGAAGAUGUUGAUGAUAUUGAAGAUCCGAAUAAAGUUGAAAACUAUCAAGGUUACAGAGUACAAACUGCCACUGAAUCUCCAGAAAUUGACACUACUACAAUGAAAACCAAUAAUUAUUAUAGAGUUGAAGUUGCCAGUCAGGUUAUAUCUUCAGGACUUGCGCCAAACGAAGUUAAACAUUAUAACGUUGAGAAACCUGAAGCAUUACAAUACAUACAGCCACUAAAAUAUUAUGUUCACAAAGAAUUAGAAGUACAAGGAGAUCAGAGUCAGAGAUACCUUCACCACAAUGCAAGACCGACAGGAGUGCAGCAUUUAGCAGAAGACGGGAGUGGAGUUUCGGCUUAUGGUGAAGAUAGUCUUCAUUACGCGGCAAACUAUGAGUUUGGAUACAGAGUACGAGACCACGUGACCGGUAAUGAUUUCGGCCAUCACGAAGCGAAAUCUGGCGAAAAUACAAAUGGCCAUUAUCAUGUCCUUUUACCAGAUGGAAGGAUGCAAAAUGUCCAAUAUUCCGCGGGCCCUGGAGGAUUCCAUGCGGAUAUAUCAUAUGACCAUCUGCACACGUAAAUGUGAAACUAUGUAUUUUUUUUAAUUAAAAAAGUUUUUUUUUUUUAAAUACAAAUUCGAUUGUCUAUGAACAUUAAUUUUCUUGGUCGCUAACAAAAAUAGGCGAUCGAAUCUGUUAUUUUUUUAAAAAGAAACAGUUUUUUAUCUGCUUAGGUACCUUUAUUGAUGUUUGUCAAAUACUUUAACUUGUUACAUAAGAAUGAAACGAAAUUAUGAUUUCUGUAGCGUUUCGAGUAAGAGAAAUCUUUUGAGUUAAUAUUUGUGUGUAAAAGUGUAUGGUUGGUGUCAAAUUACUUGAACUUGUUGACUUUUGUGCAAUAUGUUUGGAAUGAGUGCAAUAUUUAAGAAAAUUUAAUUAGAUUACUUGUAUUGUGUACGCAAAUUGAAAAUUAUACAUGAACCAAUGCAAUUUGGUUGAAUUGUAGUUUUGUAAACAAAUAGUUAAAAAUGACUAUAAUUUAUUAAAUGUAUGUAACAAACAGGUACAAUUUACAUUUAAAAUAUGUAUACUUUUGAAACUGCAAGUUUUAGGUAAGUACGUAGAUUAUAGGAAUAAAACACAAAACUCUCAAAUUAUUUAUUAGUAUUUACAAAAUAUAUGAAAAAUACAAUCUUGCCAUUAUAGAAUACAACAAGGUACAUUUUCAUAACAUAAUAAAAUAACUAAAUAAUAUUACGUCUGUAUGUCCGAUCCGCGUGGCUGUCAAACAGUGAAAUGGCGCGAAAGAUAAAUGACCACAAAUUAUAUAGUUGGUUUUCCCGCCUAAAGUGAAAACAAGGAAAGUGUCAGUCAGUAUGAUGGCACGAUAUGACAUGUGUAAAUGUCACAAGUGGUCAUUAUGUAAGUAAGUUAAAUAAUAUAAUUUAUUUUACAAUUAAGUAGGUACUCGUUUAAGAGGUCUAUUGUAAUAUACGUUCAUUUAAAUGUCAGUGAACUCUGUAGAAAUAUUAAAGUGUCAAUAUUAAUUACAACAUUAAUAUUAUUUGGUUGAAGACUUCAGUUUCCCAAAAUUAUUUAUCAUUGCAAUAUUUUUAGGUUAAUAAACAGUUAUUAAAAUAUGGAUUAGGUAGUUAUGAUAAUCUGGGCAUUGUAAAAUUUAUGAAUUUAUGAACAUAACUUAUCUAUAUAGUAUAACGACUUAUCUAUAAUACGUAUGUACCUACCUAAUUAUUAAAAAAAACAUUGUAGAUUAUUGUGAAUCAAACUGUAGAAUUUACGUAUUGGUUAAGACAUAUUUUAAACCAUUUAUAAGUACAUAAUCCUUGUUUUAUACUUUAAUCUAAAUGUGCGAGUUUUUAAAUAUUUAAGUUUGUAAAGUUUCAUUAAUUUAAUAAUGUUACAUCAGCGUUGUAUAAAAUGCUAGUCGUUAUUUCAGAAUUUUUUUUGUCAAACAAAUUAGAAAUUAAUUCAGUUAGUGAUAAGAACAAACUUUCAACACUCGAUGGCCAUUUUUAAACCGGCUCCACACUGUCAUUGAACUCAGACACAAUGCCGACGCGAAUGCGUCCUACGAAUGCUUUUAUUUAUCGCAAUGAAAAACCAGGAAUGUAUACCGAACCGCCAAAGUUUUUCAAACUGUUCGAUGAAAAUGUGGACUUCUAUUUCAGAAUAAGCCUGCCGUACAUUUACAGCAGUCUUAUUCUUAAAUAGAAGCGAAUCGCCAGUUUAUAUCACCUUCCCUUGAUUGACUUUUACAGACACAGCUGUAUUUACUAUUGCUCCCGUACCAGAAUAUAGUCAUAUUUCAAAAAUAAGGGGGUUUUAUAAGGGAUCUUUUGAGUCUGUUCUUAUCUAUGUCUUAUUUUUAUCCUAGAUUAGACUUUAUUUAUGAAUAUUAUUUUAAUACCGACAGCCCAUCAAUCUACCCGAAUAUAUUACCGCGACGAACGGUGCAUGUCCACGUCUAUCCAGAGACCCAGUUGGUAUACCUACCUACCAUCCCGGUUGUCAGAUGAGAUUAUUUGAUUCAAAACGAUGGAUGAGACUGACACAGGACCGUAGGAAGGAAGAUGAAAAUAAAGAGGGGCUAUACCCAGCAGUGGGUUGAUGUGGGCUGAAAAUUAUGAUGACGGUCCAUGCAGGCUAAGUGACGAUUUUGACUGUACACUUGGUUUUAAAAAAAUUUAGGUAUACAAAUAAAUUUUCAAAUGUACGAAAAAUUUAUUGAUUGCCUUUACCUAUGUAUGUUUUGGGAAUGUGCAAUAUUUGUAAUACAUUCAACUGCCUACUUUAAUAA